AGCAGCUUUUGGCUCUCGAGUCUCGGCCUGGCCCGGGGGACGCUCUAGAGCCUGGUGGCGCGUCCGCAUCGCGUGGCCUACCUAGCCCAGCGGCGGGCGCUGGCGCCAGGCCGCGGCCGCAGGCCCCUCCGCGGCGGCGCGCCCAUGCCCGCGCCCGGGCCUCCCGGCGCCCGGCCCCCCCGCGGCGAAGGGGCCAACGGCGUCGCCCCGCUGCCGCUGGAGGGCGCCGCGCGCUGCGCGGGCCUCCGCGCGCUGCCGCGGGCGGCGCCCGCGGCGGCGUGCCUGCUGCUAGCGGCGUGUGGCGCCGCGGCCGCGGCCGGGCGCGCUGCUGCGCCGCGGCCGCGGCUCCGCGGCGCCCCACCCGAGGCGGUGCAGCUGGCGGCCGGCCAGGGCGAGGGCGUGGUGGGCGAGGGCGCCACGGAGCGGUGGCAGCUGCGCGGCAUCGGGAGCGGCUGCUCCAACUGGGCGUCGGCGAUGUUCGGCGAGGUCACCACGGUGACCGACGCGGACGAAUGCGGGCGCCGGUGCGCCCGGGCGGAGGGGUGCGUCGGCUUCGGCUACCAGCACGGCAGCAGCCCGGACUGGCGGCUGGGGCGCAACGUGUCGGGAGGCUGUGCGCUGUGGAAGGGCCCCUGCGUGGAGGAGGCCAACCCUUAUCGGGGGUUGGCGGAUUGGGACGACUACGAGAUGGUCGCCGGAGGGCCAGCUCUCCCUUCCGCCCCGCCCGCAGUGCCUUCUGCGGCGGAGCCCAGGAAGGCGAUGGACCUCGAGCCCGGGGUUGCCGCGGGCGGGGGCAGGGUCGUCCAGACCAGCAUCGACAUCGAGAAUCUGGACCUCGAGACGCUUCGACAGCACCACGGGCUGUACAAGAGCUUCGUCCUGACGCUGAAGCGCGAGCUCGCGAGGAAGAUGGGCGUCGGGCCAGACGACGUUGACCUCGACCUCGCAGAGGGCCACGCAUCGGGGGUGCUGCGGUGACCUGCCGCCGCGCCGAGGGGCGGCGGAAGGCCCUGCGCUUGCUUGACCAGCUAAUGCAACGUACUGCACUGAAGGGCCAGUGGCCCCCCCACCUCCUCCGCGUCGAAGGAACAACACAGUUGCACAGACAGUGGUUUCUGGAAGCCCGCGCGGCGCCUCCGGCGCCGCCGUUUUCGCGCACCGUUCCCUCCGCCCGGGAGCGGGGUCUUGAGUCGACCCAAGAAGUCCGCACGGGCCUCCGCAAGUACUGUAUGUGUACAUUGUCCUUGUUCCUCUUUGCUUCUGGCCCCUCUCAAGCCCACCCACCCUGGCCUUGCGUCCUCCUGCCCGGCGGGGCACGGGGGCGGGACGCGGGGGGGGCCGGGUUGCCCCGUGUGGGAAGGGAGGGAGCAGCAGCUUAGCACUGGUGGCGGCUUCCCUGCGUAAGUUGGCACACGUCCACUCUCGCUUUGUGCGCAGCUUGGUCUGCCCUGUACCCUUGUCCUCACCGGACCUCAGAAUUCGGGGGGCAGAUCACGAGAUGCCCCUAUGUGAGUUGGACCAAGACAGUUGGCAUCCAACUUGUUGCUGGUCGCGAGAAAA